AUGCAACAACCCCUUAUUACACCAAGAGACGACCGAGCCUAUGAGUACAGCAUCCAGGCCACGGAAGAUUACAACUAUGAACCAAGGAGGACAGAGGGGCAGGUCGCGCCGACAUGGCAGCCACCAGCAUGGAGACCGACUGACACACCCAACUACAAGCCAAAACCACUGCGAUGGCCAUUCAUCAGCGGUCUUAUGGUCCUGCUAGUCGUGGCCAUCGCCCUUAUCAUUUUUGCCGACAGGAGCCUGCCAAACUCAGACACGAGUGCUCGGUUUUUGGGACUACAUCCCAAUGCCUCGCAACCUGUGCGGCUAGCUCGCGAUGUUCUCCCGAACAACACAGCAACCAUGACCCCAGUCAGUGGCAUGACUUCGAUGUCACAGAGCACUCUGAGUUUCGAGGAAGAGGUCAGGGUCGCUGUUCAGAGCAGUUCUUCCCCAGAGAUUGUGUCUCAGGCGACACCGACGCUUCAGUCGUCUACCGAAACACAGUCUAUACCUUCCGGCUCAACGUCCCCGAUCUUCAUCGUGACAGGCAUCACAAAGACCGAAAGACUGUCUCUCUCAGCUUCAGAAACGAUGGAUAACAACGCGUUUAGGUUGCCAGAUCCUGAAACAAGCAAUCCAUCAAGCGUUCCGUCAGUCACGAUAUCUGAAGACACCUCAGCAACUGCCUCUGGUUUAUCGUCUGUAACCGCUCCCCCUUCAGAGCCUGUCAGUUCCAGCACUAGUGCGACCAGCGUGAGCGGCAUGUCGUUGAUACCGAUAUCUGUCUCCAUAUCUUAUUUUACACGAAACGUUACAGUUCCUUUCACGACAAUUCUCUUCACCUCAACAUUCACCAGAACUCGAACGUCUUCGUUCAGCAGUGCUUCUACAUUUACCACAUCAUUUGUGACAGAUGUGACCGAUGUGGCUCCAACCACGGUCAUGUCAUUCUGGUCAUCAGAUGGAUCAGAAGGCGCAGUCCCUAUUUCCACUGGCAUGGGCACUGGCGUGAAGCCUACAACAAUCGUUUCAGGGGUGACGACGACCGUUGCAGGUGUUUCCACGGCGACAGAUGUUGUGACGUCUGUUUUUACCAGCACGCUUACCGGAGUGGUGAUUCCAAGCGUGGGCCAGGUUACGAUCACUUACUUCCAGACUGUCAUGCCUGUUCCAGUCACGGAGCCACCUAACCCGGUCAAGGUGACGGGGGUGGAAGUCAUUGACGGGACAGUCAUUGAGGUUAUUAAAACUCAGGGGCCUGUUGUGGUCGUUGUCCCCACAAACGAAGUCCAAACUAGGGUGGUUGAGCAGGAGAUUAGAACUGGUGUCGUUCGGGUCGGCGGAUCUGCCGUGACCAAUGUUGUGGUCAUCACACCGACCCCUGGCGUCGCCAUAGGCCAAGUUACUAAUGUUGAUGGUGCACCCCGGACCAUUCAAGCGGUUGUGGCACCAGUCGAAGUUGGACAGCCGGUAACUUACACAGUCGUUGACAACGUCGGGGGCUCACUUGUUUCGCAAGUUGUCGUUACUACACCGGCUGGGCCGCCUUAUCAACCGGUUUCAUACACUGUUGUCCGCGAGCAAGGAGGGUCUCUUGCGACUCAAGUCGUAGUAACCACACCAACAGGCCCUCCAGGCCAGCCGAUAACCUACACCGCCAUUAACAUGGAAGGAGGAACCCCGGUGACCCAAGUUGUCGUCACCACACCUUCCGUUGACGGCCCUUUCGUGCCCAUCACCUACCUCGUCACAACCAACAUAGGCGGCACCCCAACCGUCGUCACCAUAACCCCCGCCCCAACAACCUUUGUCACCACCAUCGACGGCACAACCAUAACCCGCGUGACAACCCCCCAAGUGACGAGCUUCACCACAACCAUAGACGGCACCCUCACCACCCUAACCCUAACCACCACCCCAACCAACACCUCCCCCAUCACCCUCACCCUCGCCACGACCUCUCGCGAGACCCUAAGCACCUUCACCAGCACCAUCCCCCCCACCACCUUUCUCACCACCAUCUCCGGCUCCCUGAGGACAAUAACCUCCACCCCCUCCCCCACCACCUCCCUCUCAACCCGCCUCCCCACAACCCUAACCUACACCUCAACCACAACCCCAACCCCCUCCUCCCCAUCCGAAUCCCUCGUCCCCCAAACAAGGGUAAUCUCCUGGUCCGAAACCGACAUCUUCCUCGGCACCUUCCUCCCCGCCCUCCUCGCCAUUGCCAUCGUGAUUCCCCUCCGCAUCAUAGACCUAAACGCAAAACUCUACCAACCCUUCCAGUCCCUUACCCUCCCCACUGGCAGUCUGGGUGCUAACACCCUACUGGUCCAAUACUCUGGCGUCCUGUCGUUUGUUACGCCAGUCAUCACCCUCUUGCAGGCUAAACACCCUGUCCCAUUCGUGACAACGCUCAUGGUCGGUUGUGGGAGUUUGAUGGUCCCUUUUGCGACUGAGGCUAUCGGGCUGAAGCUUCAUGGGGAUUGUUAUCUCAACACUGCGAGUAAGAACUGCGGUCCGGCGCUGGGGGUGAACAGGACGGCGGGGUAUGUUCUUGUUGGCCUGAUGGUUGUCGUGGUUGUUUUGCUAGGGGUGGUGAUGUGGUUCACGAACUGGGGACGGAAAGGGGUCACGGGGGUGAGGGCGAAUCCGUGGAAUUUGGCUGGGAUGGGGUCGCUCCUGGGGGGGGUGAGGAGUGAUUUGGGAGGCGGGCAUGGCAAAAAGAUGAGGUAUAAACGGUAUGGAAUGGGGUGGUAUCGGAAUCGGGAUGGGAGGGAGGAUUACGGAAUGAUAGUGUUGGAUGAGGCUGGUCAGGGGUUGCAGCAGCAGCAACAUCCUACCUCUGAGAGUGGGAGUGACGACAUGGAUGGGAGUGAUGCGGUAGCUGAUUUGAAAACGGGGGUGUCGGGGAGUCAUUUACCUUUUAUGACGUUAAGGAUACCGUGGAGGGUCGGCCUGAUUCUAUUUCAACUUGCCGUCUUCAUUUUCAUCAUCUAUUACCAUGCCUACUACCGCGGCGGGAUCAAGGACAAUGGCAAGCUCUGGACGUUUAUGAACGCCAACACCUUUGGGGUGAGGUUCUUGUCGGCGAUUAUCGGGGUGAUAGUAGCGUUUUGUUGGCAGUCCUUCUUUCUGAGCGUGAGCACCAUGACCCCCUUCCAACUAAUGGCUCUCUCAACCCAACCGGCCUCCCGCUCCAUCCUCUUCUCGCCGAACACGAACCCCUUUUCGGGGCUCUACUCCGCCAUCAGAAACAGACACAUGUUCCUGCUCGCGGUCUCAAUAGCUGCGAUCAUGUCAGAGUUCUUGCCGGUGCUGCUCUCCAACGUCCCCUUCAGCCUCUACCAAACCUCCGCCGCGGCGACCGCCUGCGCGGUUCUUUCAUGUCUCUUCUUGGCAGUGAUGCUCGCCGUGCUCGGCUGGUCGUUCUGGAUCCGAUACCCCCCGAUGCCCGCUGACCCGAGGUCCAUCGCGGGGAUGAUGUACUACCUCUCCCAGUCACCCACCCUGCUGGCAGAUUUGGAGGGGAUAUCCUCCAUGGACGGGGCCGCAAGGCGCAAACGAAUAGAAGAGAACGGUGGGAGAUAUUACUACGGGGUGCUGCCUGUUUCUGUGGAGAAUGGGUUAUGGGAGUCUCAGGACAGGAGAAGGCUAGGGGUGGAAGUGGAGACGGGAGGAGGUAGUGGUAGUAGUGGGUACGAGCCUGAGGACGGAACAACCCCGGCUUUUGCUGCGAUGGACGGGCCAGCUAUGACGGAAACGGCUCGCCGAGGCGAAUACCAUGCCGUUGAUGGCAGUGGUGAUGGCGGCAGUGGUGAGUUGAGGCAUGAUCGGAGCUUCAUGAGUCAGAACACGGCGUAUCAGGGACAUCGGAUUGAUGAACAGCCUGCGAUGUAUGGUUGAGUUUGCCCCGAACUUGACCGACAGUUCGUUUUUGAGGAAGGAAUGCCGGGAAUCCUUUUACCAACAACAUCCCACACGCACAUGAACACUCGGGAUACGGAUAUCGAGGCUCGGAUCAGUGUACUCGGACUAGAAUCAGCUGAGUGAGAGCCUGGCCAAAAAAAAAUGCUGGCUUGCUGUUGCUGCUGCUGCUGUUUGUUCGGCCGAACACAACAAAAAAAAACCGACAUGGGGAACAUCUUCUACACAACAGGCAGGUGCAAUUCUAGUCACUCCGCAUCAUUUUGUUGGUACGAGAUUUCUUUUUCGACUGAUGAGUGAGGUCAGCACCGUUUCUCUUGGCCCCCGUUUUGUGGUCUUUUUUGUCAUCAGCGCAGGGUUGCGUUGCAUGCGGCUCAGUUGCUUUAAGAUGACGCCAAUAUGGAGUCCCAAACCAGGGGAAAUCGAUAGCGCGCGAAGCUUGGGGGGAAGUUCUCGAAGGCAAAUAGCUUACACAUGUUCCCAAUACUACUAGUAGCGAGGCAAUUGCCUAGAAACAAGUUCCUUGCAUCUCGUUUUCAGUUUGAAAAGGCUUUUAUACAUGUGAAUGGCAUGGUGGCAUGGUGGUUGUAGAGAAUAAGAGGUGAGGUCACUCGGCAACAGCUCCCCAAAACUUUGGAUCGGACAGAAGCGAGCGAGAGCGGAACCGGGCGCAGGGUGAGGUGGCGGUGGAAGUGGAAUCAUAUUGCUCCGUAGUGGACCCUUUUCUCACGGGGUUCUCACAAGGGCUUGGUAGGGUAGAGCGGGCCUGGACAUAUUUGCAAGCUAAGACCGAGGCUGCUAAAAGACCAUCAGCGAUAAAUCUCGAACGUUUUCAAGAUGUGUCCAAUCUGCUUCAAUUGCUUCUCAGCCAGCUUCUCAAUCUCAGCACUAUCCUUUUAGCUCUCGUGACAGUGUCUUGUCUUGAUGAAUCCUAUUUUUGUCGUCCACAGCGUCGGGAUUUUUUUUCUGGACGGUUUCUGGUUUCCGGGUAAACUUGGCAACUUGGCAACUUGGCAAGCUUCGCGGGACGAGGAUGAUCAACCAGCAGGCGCGACCCUGGGAGUUGGACCUGUUGUGGUGAUAUCGAACUCUUGGCAAGCUAUCUUCCAAGCAGGCAGCGCAAACACAUGGCCCGACAUGGAUCUGAUGUGGGGGUUUGAGGACGUUAGGCAUCUUGGGGUCAUCUCGAUACGAGAAGGACAAGCAAAUAAACCCCUCUUUAGCAGGUGCGGGUUUGAGAAUAAAGUCCAGGGAACUCAUGGUGGGUUUAUAGCGCACACACAUAGUGUCUGUGUACCACGGGAAUUGUUUCUUCAAACAGCAAAGGCCAAAAAGGGGAAAUAAAGUUUGACAUGUCUUGGUCUUGUGCGAUGUUACAUGCUUCACGCUGCCAGGCUGGCCGACUGACUUCAAUAUCUCGUAUGUGAGAAAAAAAGAAAGAGGAGAAGAAAAAAAGAAGGGUCCAAGGGAAAGCAAGAUUGUCAGCUGAGCUGAUCUGCAGGAUGCACGCCAUGCAGUAAAAUAUUGACAGUGUGCAGCAUCUUCUUCACCUUGUGCCCGGGCGAGGGACAAAUCAGGAGCAAAGUUCUGUCUCAUUGAGACACACGAGGUUGGGUUUGACGGUGCGUGAGCCUCGAGAUGGAUAAACAACAUCCAAUUUUGCCAUGUUUUCCAUCAGUUUGGUCUACUGUGGCUACCUGUGGCGCCCCCGUCACAACUUCCAUCGCUAACACGCGGGGUUGGGUGUGUGACGUAGGGCCGGUUUUUCGGGUGUGAUGGGAUGGAAGGAAAAUUAGAAGGAAGGGAGAAGAGACAGACACAGGGAACGCCGUGCCAGCCACGCCCUUUUGGCUUUUUCUAGACAUUGCUCCG